AUGUUUCAGUCCACUGCUCUUUUCGCUCUUUUCGCCUUAAUAGGUUCUGUGUCGGCUAUUUACUCGAACCAUACAGUUUCUGCGACCACUACUUUGGCGCCCAGCUACUCCUUAGAGCCUCACGAGACUACUAUAAAGUACGCUGAUGACACUACCACUUUUUUUGUCACUUCGACAGUCUACUCCACGAACUGGUUCACCUCAACCUCGGCCACCGUCACCAAUGCAGCCACCACCUCUGUCUCUGGACCAGCAGCAUCAGAAUUCACUCACGAAAUAACCUCUACUUCGACAAUUACUUCAACAUUGCUGCUUACUCUUCAUGAUAUCACUACCUUGGCUCCAUCAUCUACUGCUGUCAGUGUCAAUAAUGGGGACUCAAACAACAAAGACACGAAAAUGAGGUCCUUAGAUCAGGCUUUGACUUCCAACGGUUGCGUCCCAAUUACCAAGUUCGUUACCGUCACCAAUGAACCCGUUACACAGUACGUUACAGUCACUGCAAAUACGACUACUCAAUACGUUACUGUCACCGGGGCACCUUCAGUUGCCACUACAUCUACAGGCAACGUACAAUGGUACAAUACUACCUUGGUUACUAACUCGACCAGGUGGUGA